AGAAAGGUUUUAAACCAGUAGGAUAACAGUUCCCCAGCAAGAGCAGCAGCAGCACAGAGAGACAAAAUGACCUCUACCGGCAUGAACAUGAACGGCAGAAUCACCUUCUACGAGGACAGGAACUUCCAGGGUCGUUCCUAUGAGUGCAGCAGCGACUGCCCUGACAUGUCCUCCUACCUGAGCCGCUGCCAGUCCUGCAGGGUUGAGAGCGGAUGCUUCAUGGUGUACGACCGCCCCAACUACAUGGGAAACCAGUGGUUCAUGAAGAGGGGAGAGUAUUCUGACUAUCAGCGCAUGAUGGGAAUGACCGAUAUCAGGUCCUGCCGCAUGAUCCCCAUGCACAGAGGAUCUUUCAGGAUGAGGAUCUACGAGAGGGAGAACUUUGGAGGUCAGAUGCACGAGAUGAUGGACGACUGUGAUAGCAUCAUGGAUCGUUACCGCAUGAACAACUGCAUGUCCUGCAACGUUAUGGACGGCCACUGGCUCAUGUAUGAGCAGCCCCAAUACAAAGGCAGGAUGAUGUACAUGAGACCUGGAGAGUACAGAAACUUUAACCAGAUGGGCAUGGGCAUGAGGUUCAUGAGCAUGAGACGUAUCAACGAGUCCUGUUACUAGAUAUAGCUUUUACUGAUACAAAUACGAGAAGCCAGUGAACAAAUACAAGAAGCCAGUGAAUAAAAACAUUGAAAAAAGGGA